AUGGAGUCAUACAACUGCCCUUUCCCAGAAGAUAUCAUCACAGAUAUACUUUCUCGAAUACCUGCCGUGUCUUUAUUAUCCCUAAAACAAGUAUGCAAAACAUGGAGAAAUCUUUUGAUUAGUCCUAACUUUGCUCGAAUCCAUCUUCUGCGUCACCUGCAAUCAGUUGAUCGGGAUAUUCAUGGUGACGAUACUGGUUCUUCUAAGGUGAGUUUUCUUUGCUUCCAAAGACAGUUAGAAAAUCCUUAUGAAAAUUCGAUCUACUAUAGAGAGUACUAUGAUGAUAAACUUCAAAACUUGUCGAAGAAGAAAUUUAGAUUAAACUUUGCGGGUUUCCUAGUUGGUUCAUGCAAUGGCUUAAUUUGUUCGUCUUGGGACUAUCGCCUUUAUGUCGAUGAAUCGAUCAGUGGUAGAUUAUACAGACUGUUCAUCCAUGUCUCUGUCUUUAAUCCCAUUACCGGAGAAGAAUUGAGCCUUCCAGAACUAUCCAUCCUUGAUAAUUUUGUGAGUAACAGAUUAAUAUUUGUAUCAGGGUUUGGUUAUCUUCCUUCAACUAAUGAAUAUAAGGUUGUAAAAAUUUAUUACGAUGCGACGAAUCCAACUAGAGUUGGAAAGGUCCAUGUAUACACUCUUGGUGGGGAAAACAGUAGUAGUAACAAUAGUAGGCAAUGGAGAAAUAAACGUGAAAUUCCUUACAACUUUGGACAUUUAAAUGGUGUUUUCAUCAACGGAGCUCUUCACUGGGUGGAGCACAACGACGGUAAUAGAGGAAGGAUUAUAGCUUUCGAUUUGGCUAGGGAGGAGUUUUUUGUCGUCAAGUCACCACCUAAUUUCUUCGAGGUUAGUAUUGCAAACAAUUAUCAACUUUGCCUGUUGGGAGGUUGUCUGGGCGUUUAUCGCAAGAAAGGUUAUAAUAUUAGGCAAAAUGUCAGAAGCUGGGAUAUAUGGGUUUUGAAGAAGACGAAUAAGAAUAUGAUGAGUAAUGUAAUGGAGGAGAACGAAGAAUACUACGACUACAGUUGGAAUUGGGUUAAGAUAUUUAGUAUAGAACAGGCGGAGUUGAGUCAUCAUGAUUGUGAGCCGUUGGCUGUCACCAGGAGUGGUGACGUUGUAUUUAAAUCCUGUGAACGAUCUGCAUUGUGUAUUUAUGACCCAAAAACAGCAACUUUUAGAACAUUAUCUUGUGCUAUAAGUAGGGAUCGGAGAGAAGAACCUACUAGCCUGUUUCAUCAUGUAAACACCUUCGUUUCUUUAAAAGGUAUGGCAAGAGAACUGCAAGAAACAUAG